AUGCUGCUGGGUGAAUAUCCUUACAGCAACAAUGUUAAACAACUACCAUAUCCUGUUAAAUUAUCUCUUGAUACAAAACAUUGCUCUUCGCAUACACUCGCCCCCUUGACAAACAUCGAGUCGUUAGAUAACUUUUCCAAACAAAACAAUUUCUCCUCUAUAAACUUUUCUGUGUUGCAUAAUAUCCCAUUAUUGCAGUCUGCACAUUGGAGGUCAUUAUUAUAA